UAGCCAUCUCGGCCAGUUCACGUUAUCCAUUACAUCCUCUACAAGUUUCUCUUUCUUUCCUUCGGGCCCCCUUUCCUUCUUCCCAUUUCCGAUCUGAUUUUGAGAGAGCCAUCUCACUCGUGGUGCACCAAUCAUGGAAGGAUCCAUCUCCAACCCACCAGACACGAGUAUCGCCGUCGUCACCGGCGGCAACAAGGGGAUCGGUUUCGAGGUGUGCCGGCAACUGGCCGGCGGCGGCUUCACGGUCGUUCUGACGGCCCGAGACGAGACGAGAGGCGCAGAGGCCGUCGAGAAGCUCAAGGCGCUCGGGCUCUCCGGCGUCGUCUUCCAUCAGCUGGAUAUCACGGACGCUUCCAGCGUUGCUACCCUGGCCGAUUCCUUGAAGGCCCGUUUUGGGAGGCUGGACACUCUGGUGAAUAAUGCCGCGGUUACUGGGGUUGAGCACGUCAUCGAUAGCACCAACGAGGAAAAGUUCAGUGGCCUGGAUCCCUACCAGAGGCUUGAGUGGAUGCUGAAUCAUAUCAAGGAGACCAUCGACGGUGCAACGAAAAGCGUGCAGACAAACUACUACGGCACGAAGAAUGUGACCCAAGCCCUGCUGCCUCUCCUGCAAUCUUCCUCCGCGGGACGAAUAGUGAAUGUUUCCUCCGACUCUGGACUGCUAAGGCUUAUCAGCAACCAGGAGGUGAGGAUGGAGCUCGACGACAUUGGCAACCUGACCGAGGAGAGGCUGGACGAGCUGCUGGGCAAGUUCCUGAAGGAUUUCGAGGCCGGAGCGCUGGAGGCGCACGGGUGGCCCACGGGGUCCGCGGCGUACAAAGUGUCCAAAGCCGCCAUGAACGCGUAUUCGAGGAUCUUGGCAAGGACGCACCCCGCGCUGCGCGUCAACUGUGCGAGCCCAGGGUAUGUCAUGACCGACAUGACCAGGAAUUCCGGUGUGCUGACGCCCGAGGAGGGCGCGCGCAAUGUCGUCGCGGUGGCGCUGCUGCCGGACGGCGGGCCGACCGGCGCAUACUUCACCGAGGGUCUGGAGGCGUCGUUCGUGUGAGAUAUCGGCCAUACGUGCACGGCCCGAUGAUGAGAAUAAGAGAUCAUCGAAGAUGGACAUAAGGAUAUACGGAGUACUUAUUAAUUUCCGAUGACGAAUGAUCGAAACCGUAUUGUUCUUGUCCGAAUGAACAAGCUAGCAUGCUGGUGAUCAGGGCAGUGCGGCGACUCGCGUCCACCACUCUUCAGUUUAAUUCUCCACCUACGGACGCUUAAAUACCUACACCAACUAGUUAAGCGCCCAGUAAUCGUGCAUCAGUGGAGGUCGACUGUCGGGCGUUGCGCUCGUGACCUAAAUACCCCGGUUCUGUCCAUGGCAGAAUGACAUGUCACGUGGAUUCGCAUCUAUGAUCUUUCAUCUUUGAAUUGGCUUCA